AUGGCGAAUCUUGAAUCCCCCCAAGUGUCUGAGGAAGACGAAGGUGCGGCGGCUUUUGGCCCGCGAUAUCUGCGCCAGAUCGCUCCCGACGUCGCGACGAUCAUCGACGUGGGCGUCCACAAGGGGACCAAGACUCUUUACGAUUCCUUUUCGCAUCUCCCCUUCAUCCUGAUCGACCCGCAGCGGGGCUGCGAGGCGAUGAUGGAGCACAAGCCGAAGGAUUAUACCUUCGUCAACAAGGCCGUCGGAGCAGGCCCCGGCGUGCUAAAGCUCAAUGUCCAGGGCGCGAAAUCCAGCUUCGUUGAACGCACGGAGCUCACGCGCAGGAAUGGGCCGUCGGAAAGCUACGAAGUCGACGUGACCACGCUCGACGCCGUGAUUGAGGAACUCAAUCCGGCCAGGCCCAUCGGCUUGAAGAUCGACACCGAAGGAUUCGAAGUCGAAGUCCUCAAAGGUCUCAACAAGUACUCCGCCGACAUUGCUUUCGUGAUCUGCGAAGUAAGCGUCCGCCGGCGCUUCAUCAACCCCUACAAGUUCAGCGAUGUGAUCCUGUCGAUGAGGGAUAGAGGGCUGGAAUUCUACACGGUCCUGAACGAAGUAAAGCGGCGUCCCCGCUUCUACGACGUGCUGUUUUUGCCGCCAAACCACCCUUAUUUCGACUAG